AAUAAAUAUGUGGUCACGGGCAAAAUGAGACAACCAAAUCUUACUGUAGACAUGGGUUCCUCACAGUGUAGCAUAGCAUCAUAGCUAUUCAUUCUUUCUUGUAUUCACUGAAAACGAUUACUAUAGUUCUAGGCUAUAUAAGUGACCUAUUCACCCCAUGCCACUUUUCGCUACUGGCGUUUGACAUGUGGUGCAUAAUAAAUUCCACCAGGUGGCGCCAAUACUGCAUGUCUUCCUCGGGGGUUUUGGUUUUCCAUGCGUCUUCUUCCGGGGCGUGGUGUUCCGUUGGUGUGUGCGUUUACCACAAAUGUUUUCCAGUAGGAGGCAAACACAGCUGCUGUUGUUUUCCAGGGUACUCUGAUUUCUGGACUGACUUUUGAACAAAGCUACCGCCUUUUCAGUUUAACGCGGACAGCUGUAGCGUUACCAGAUGGAGGGAGAUGAUUCCGAGUUUCCCCCAGAGUCAUCGGAACAUUCUCACUCGCAGAGGGGUAGUGUUGCCUCCUCUGUCACUCGCGCCCAAGAUGUGCUGGUGUACUUGGUGACCGACAGUGCUGUGCACCUGUGCGUGGAGGGGGUGGGCGGCGUGACCGUGCAGGAAAUGGGCCGCAGCGUCCGAGAAGCCCUCAGCGUCCCCGACAUGGCCCACGAUGCCUUCGCUUUCUGGCUCUGCUCGCCUCUGCUGGAGUUACAGCUGAAACCAAAGCACCAGCCGUAUAAACUGUGCCGGCAGUGGCAGGACCUGCUGUAUCGCUUCACUGAAGCUUCAGAAGACGACAUCGCUCAAGACGAGCCGUGUUUACAGUACAGAAGAAACGUUUUCUACCCCAAGUUGAAAGAACUUCAGAUCAAAGACGAGGGGGUGUUGAGGCUCCUGUAUGACGAGGCGCGCAUGAACAUCCUGGACGGCCGCUACCCGUGCGACCCGGAGCACUGGCUGGCCUUGGGGGCACUGUCCUGUGCCAUCGAGCUCGGAGCUGGACUGGACGAGCAGAAGCUCCUCGCAGCCGUCAGGGAGAAGAAGCUGUCGUGGUUCCUGCCGGGCCACCUGGUGGUGGGCGGCGGCUUCCUGUCCACGCUGCGGGGGAAGGGUGCGCGGCAGGCCGAGCUGGAGCAGAGUCUGGUGAGGGAGUACCAGCGCCUCAGCCAGGACACCACCAGCAGCAGCGGCGGCGGCGGCAGCCAGGAGGCCACACACUACCUGAGGCAGUACCUCAGCACCUGCCACACACUGCCUUACUACGGAUGUGCGUUCUUCUCGGCGGAGAUCGAUAAGCCUGCCCAGGGACUCCUCCACCGGAGCGGACGCAAGGCCGUCACUGUAGGCAUCAGCCUGGAGGGAGUCUAUGUCAUGGAUGUCAAGGAAAAGCACGUGCUCCUGGGUCUGCGCUUUAAUGAGCUGUCCUGGGACCACAGCUACCCCGACGGUGAGGGAGACUCGCACAUCCUCUGGCUGGAGUUCGACGGGGAGGAGGCCGGCACUGCUGUCAACAAACUACUGAAGAUUUACUCCAAGCAGGCGGAGCUGAUGAGUGGCCUGAUCGAGUUCUGUGUGGAGCUGCGCUCGGCCGGUGAAGCAGCAGCGGUCGCAGCUGCGGCGACAGGUAUGGACGGUGAGGUGUCGCCCACCCAGGCGCCCACUAGCCAGCCGGGCACCACGGAGCGGCCCAGAGGCAACCGGAGAGGGAAGCUACGCAGGCAGAGCAGCGUGGUGUGCAGCCGCGUGCAUUCACUCAACACCAUCAGCUAUGUGGAUGACGGAAAAGAAAUCAAGCGUCUGAAACCAAAAAGGGCUGCCUCCUUCUUCACCCGGCAGGCCCCCCCUCAGGACUACGCCGCCGUGCAGGUAGCUGACAGUCUGGAGCAGGGCUGAGAGCCCCCCCGGGGCCCCCCCAAAACUCAGCCACCAUCCACAGGGCUGAGGACCAGGGGAGGAGGGCCUCACUCUCAGCCACCAUCCGACCAAAACAACUGCUGCACGUCAAACAUCCAAGGGGAGAGGAGGACGAACAAGGAGUUGGAAAGACUAUUUAAACUGGA